UUUGUUCAUUAAAAUAUUAAAAUGCCAGCAGCAUUGCCUUUCUGUCUCCCCUUAUUAACUCUGCCAAACUCAAACAAACGAUUUAUCAGUUUUCUUCUUUUCAAGAAAAUGGCGAGGCCUAAAAUCUCGAAAUGGCUGAUUAUACUCCUAGUUCUGCUCACAUGCAAUUUCUCCAACGCAAAAGAAACACAGCCCAUAACAGAAACCUCCAAGCUCCAGCACUUCUUGAAUUCAGUUCAUCAAUGGAGGACCCGGGUGAGCCAAUCCGAGGACGGGAAUCUGAAGCUCGGAGCUCCUAUGGUGCUGGUCGGAAUCCUCUGUUUCAUAGCCGCAACUAUAUCGAGCGCGGGCGGAAUUGGCGGGGGAGGGUUAUACGUACCGAUUUUAACCAUAGUUGCCGGGUUUAAUCUCAAGACAUCCUCGAGUUUCUCGGCGUUUAUGGUGACGGGAGGCAUAAUUGCCAACGUUGUCUGCAACAUGUGCGUUACUAAUCCGAAGCGAGGCGGGAAGAUCUUGAUUGACUUCGAUAUAGCGCUGUUGUCGGAGCCGUGCAUGUUGCUGGGAGUGACGAUUGGGGUGAUUUGCAAUGUUGUGUUCCCAGAGUGGCUAAUAACGGCUCUGUUUGCCGUGUUUCUUGCUUGGUGUACUACUAAGACGUUUAAGUCUGGGGUUUCUUACUGGAAACAGGAAUCUCAAGGGCUAAGGAGAUGUGGGGGUAGAGAGGUGGAGAAAGGGUUGCUGGAAGAGAAGAGCUUUGAUGGGAAUGAAGGGGCUGUGUUGAAAGAUAAAAGAAAUUGCAGGGUGGGGAUUCCAUGGACGAAAUUUGGGAUGCUGUUUGUCAUCUGGUUUUGCUUCUUUGUUCUGUAUAUUCUUCGUGGGAAUCGAUAUGGGAAGGGCAUUAUUCCCCUUGAAACUUGUGGAGUUGGGUAUUGGCUCAUCUCAUCACUCCAAAUACCUCUUGCUGUGAUUUUUACAGCAUGGAUCCUGUUUGCCAAAGAAUCCUCUUCAGCUUCCCAAGAACAGGAAGAGGCAGGUGAAGGUAUAAAAGGACUGUCAAACAGGCUUGUUUUCCCCAUGAUGGCCUUUCUAGCUGGGCUUUUGGGUGGAGUGUUUGGCAUUGGUGGUGGAAUGCUCAUAAGUCCUCUCCUAAUCCAAGUUGGAAUAGCCCCUGAAAUCACAUCGGCAACGUGUUCAUUCAUGGUGUUUUUCUCCUCCACUAUGUCAGCAGUGGAAUACCUUCUACUGGGAAUGGAGCAAGUGAACAGUGCCCUAAUCUUAUCCAGCAUUUGUUUCGUCGCAUCGCUUAUUGGGCUCGUUGUGGUUCAAAGAGCAAUAGAAAAACAUGGGAGAGCAUCACUGAUUGUGUUCUCUGUUGGAACAGUGAUGGCUUUGAGUACUGUUCUGAUAACUAGUUUUGGAGUUAUUGAUGUCUGGGAAGAUUACAGGACAGGGAAAUACAUGGGAUUUAAGCCCCCCUGCUGAACUAAGAGCCUCAAUUUUGUAUUAAGUGUAUAGUAUCUAUGUACUGAAAGUGCAUCAAAUAGUUUCUCUAUUAAUAAAGGUGGGACAAUUAUCAAUCA